CUAUCCCCCCGCUCCGGAAUGUUAUUUAUGGCAGGCGCGCUCCCGCGGACUGCACCGUUAUUAUUCGACGAGCGACCGACACCGAAACUACAAUGUCAAACACUGACGGGACGCCGAGCUCCUCCGCGUGCAGGGAUCCGUCCUGAUUUCCCACGAACAAUCGGAUGACAUUUCCGGACGCAAAAGAUUGAGGUGAUGUCUCAUCUUUUAGACGAGGUGGAGGUGUGAGUGAGUCAGGGAGAGAUGGAGGUGAUCAGAAGGAAGGACUCCGACUCCAACGGCCUCUUUUCAGACAACUCGGACAAUGACUGCGAGGACGCGGGAGCUUGUGGACGGACCGCUGGAGUGUGUUUGUGUGAGAAUACCCCCUUUAGCACCCUCUGCCAUCAGCACCCGAAGGAGGACUCCAGUGUGAAGUGUGUCCAGUGCGGUAAGAACAGACCCAUGAUCACCAGAUACUCCGAGGGUUACGGCACAGAGGAGGAGUGUGUCCAGCCUCAUCUUCAGGGCGACAGCGACGCGGACGCAGACAUCGAGGACACGGACAGCAGGCUCCAGAUCGUGGGUUCCCUCCAGCGAAUCAGCUCCCGGAAGAGGAAGCGGCAGCGAAUCACGCGGCAGGACACGACGGAGAGCGAAGACGACGGUGGGCGGAGCCACAGGACGCACCGCUGGAGUCUACGACUCAGUCCUCACCGCACGCAUAACAGGACCAUACUGGAGGAGAGUAUUUCUCAGGUGCGGCCGCUCAUAAUCUGCCGCUGUGCCGCUCGAGACGCUCAAACGGUCACCGACGUCAAACCUGAGCGCAGGAAGUGGCCCCUGACGCUGUUUCCCGUCCCUCUUUCUCUCCUCAUCGUCCCUCUCUCCAUAUCCAUUCUCAUCGUUCUCGUGUCGUUCCUCCUGCCGCUCACAGACACUUGACAUUGCCUUAAAAUAUCAUGUAUAGCCCCUUCACCGUUUGGUUUUAGUUGUGUUACAUGUACAGUGUAUUAGAGCCUUUUAUGCAGUGUUAUCUAUAGAAGCCUGUUUCCGCCGUGAUGAAAGAGCUUCGGUAAAUCAUUAUGAGACGCCAAGUCACAAUUAUGAAAAAAAGGACAUAGGAAGUCAUAGCUAUGAAACAGAGGUUAUAAUGAGAGGAAAAGCCCAAAUUAUGACAUACUAAGUCGUAUUUAUGAGAUAAAAACCAAAAUGUGGAGCAUCAUCAAUUAUGAGAUAAACGUUUAAAAUGAUUAAAGUCAUAAUUAAGUUAAAACUUUCAAAUAAUGAUAAAAUCACAACACAUACUAAAGUCAUUAUGAGAUAAAAAGUCGAUGUUAUUAUGAUUAUUAUGAGAUAAAAAUGAAAAUAAUGGCAUACUAUGUGACAAUUAUGAGAUAAAAAGCAAAAUGUGGAGCAUUAUCAAUUAUGAGAUAAAAAGUUAUAGAUAAAAUUAUCAAAAUCAUAAUUAAUCAAAUAAUGAAAAUCACAACACAUAGUAAGUCAUUAUGAGAUAAAAAGUUGAUAUUUAUGACAUAAAAGUAAAAAAUAAUGGCAUGCUAUUUGACGAUUAUGAGACAAUGAAUGAGUUAAUGACAAAAAUCAUUAAGUCGUUAUGAGAUGAGUUAAAAUUAUAUGCUAAGUCGUAUUUAUGAGAUUUAAAAUAUGACGAAAUUUCUAUGCAUUAGUAUGGCAUAUUUCUAACAUUAUCUCAUCAUGCCAUACUGUGCUUAAGUGAGGGAAUGUUUCCACAUGUGAUAAUGCUUAAACAAAGGUACGUUUAAAAUGUUUAAACUAAAGGCAUCUAUUCGCAAGGACACAUGACUGCAACCGUUUUCAACUACGUUUCACAUUGAAAUGGACGUCAUUGGUUGUUCAUAAAAAAAGCACGGGAGCUCGGUUUGACUGGCUUAGCAGCUUAGUGAGAUAAAAACACUAUAGGCUUAUAUUUUUAUAUCAUAGGAAAUAUUUACGUAACAGUGUACUUGGUUCUUUGAAGUGUGGAGCGGUUUCUCCCUUUGAGAAAAGCAAUCCAAAGCGCUCAAGCAGAGAACGUGUUCCCAAAUGAAUAAUGAACUGUAAUGAAGUACUUUAACACCCCUGCAUGUGCCGCUCGAAACAUCCCUGUUGUGCGGUCGGUCGGAUUCGAAUAGAAACGCUUUUUGCUGUUUUUAAAGUCGGCGUUGAAUGCAUUCACAGUCUGCUUUGCUUCUUAGAGCAGGACUUGAUUUGAUUCGUCAGAGGUGGAUGCGAUGGCGUGAAGUGGGCGUUUGGUGAAUUUGAAGAGGUUUUUUGACCCCGGAGCGUGGAGGAUGAAGGUCGCCAUCACCCUCGUCUGCUUUUAUCGCCGUAACCUUUGGUACAUUAACCAGCAUUAAACGACUUCGCGAAGAUUUUAGAAAGCGGCUGAAUAGCUAUUUGGCAGCCUUGAUGUCAAGUGUUUCGGGGAUGAAGGAAAUCCAGCGAAAGAUAAAAAGCGUGGACAAUAAGACGAGGAAGAUUUAGUGGCUUUCAUGUUGACUUGAACAUCGGUAAAAGCAGCUCAGAGCAGCGUUGCCAUGAAGUGAAUCACUCCUCGUGUCUCUGCACCGUCUCUCAGUCUCAUCAGAAAUAGAGCUGUUAUCUAAUUCUUCAUGCUGUGUGUGAGCGCGUGUGUGUGUGUGAGUGUGUGUGUGUGUGUGUGUGUGUGUGUGUGUGUGUGUGUGUGUGUGUGUGUGUGUGUGUGUGUGUGUGUGUGUGUGGGAGAGGAGCACAUCGGGGCCAAAGGCCCACCGCCACAUGUGGGCCGAAUCUAUGCAAGCGUCAAUCUUUUUACAAACUCUUUUUGGUGUAAAUGAGCUCGUAAGGAGCGUCUUUCAUCUGUUCCCGACUCUUCACCGUGGAUCUGUUCUCCGUGGAAAGGGCUGUUGUUUGUCUCACUGUAAGUAUUUCAGUCAGUGACUCAUCUGAACCGUCUCCAGACGCCAUAUUCACUGACAGAAGCACAAGCGUGAGUCAGGUCAGAUGAGUUCAGACAAACGUUUCCCAUGAUCCCUCAUCAAUAGUUCAUCGCUUUCCCAAUUUUCCCAAUUUAUCAGCUGCAUGUUUAUGAGUGUUUCUGUCGCAGCAACGAUCAACUCAAAUACUCUGCAUCUGUUCCUCGUCCCAGAUUAUUUUAGAUUUCGCAUUUAUUCAUAUCUGCUUUAGGCUUAUUUGACUUUUAUUUGAUGUACUUUUCCCUGUGAAAAUGGUAUUGUAUAAUGAGCCUGUCUAGAUUUUAAGAGAUAUUAAAAUUAUAGUUUGACAGAAAA